CCCAGUUUGUUAUUACUAUUUUAACAAUAAUGAAAUGAAAACUGCAGUGAGAAAGGGAAAAUAAUGCUGUACUUGCAUGGCUGAAAAUGUUUGUUUUAUAUCUAUAAAGAAAUACACUGGAAGCUGGAGUUGUAUUGUUUUCAUCUUACACUUUCUUGAUCAAUAGUAUAUGUGAAUAGGUAAUGAAUUCAGCACAUGACAUAAGUACACACGGACGAACAGAUAAUUGAUGGAUUACGAUAAUGGCCACUUCAAAAUGACAACCAAACGAUACAAAGUCAGGGAAGAGCUAGAGAUUACCGAAGAAUAUGAUGGUGCCGAUGGAAGCUAUGGAAACCAAGAUGGCGGAGGCGCACAUUUCCAGACGACAUUUGGGCUCGUGCUCUCGUGCAUGGGCUGUGUCGUGGGCACGGGCAACAUCUGGCGGUUUCCCAGGAUCGUAGCGAAUAACAGCAACGAACAAGGUGGACUCGUCUUCCUGAUCACGUGGAUGCUGUUCCUCUUUCUCUGGUCGAGUCCACUUUUGAUUAUCGAGUACGGAACCGGCCGAUACUCGAAGAAAGCCGUGCUCGGCAGUUUCCGGAAGUUUCUCGGAGAUAACCAUAUGUGGUGUGGCGCGUGGGUCACCAUGGUUACAUUCUGUAUCAGUUGUUUCUACUCGGUGGUGCUGGGCUGGUGUUUCUACUAUUUCAUCUACUACAUUGGCCACUCUCUGCCUACUACCGAGGAGCAAGCGAGACGGACCUUUCAGGAUUAUGCCGAGGACAGUCGCUGGCCAGUGCUGACCCACGCAAUAGCCGUCCUGCUUGCCGGUCUAUGUGUGACAAAGGGAGUUAAAACUAUCGAGAAAGUCAGCCUAGUUCUCGUGCCCGUGCUUCUGCUUGUGGUCAUGUUUAACUUUGUCUGGUCGCUGACUAGAGAGUUUGGGGACAAAGGAAUAGAGUUCCUUUUUACACCACACUGGAAGUCAUUCCUUGAGCCACGUGUUUGGGUGGACGCCAUCAGUCAGAAUGCUUUUGACACGGGUGCCGGCAUGGGCAUCAUGAUACCCUACUCUGCGUAUAUGACUCGCAAAAAUGGCAUCGUGAAAUACGGUCACCUAGUUCCCGCUGUGAACAAUUUGGUCAGUUUGCUGUGCGGGAUAACAAUAUUUAGCACAGUGUUUUCCACCCUGAUGUUGAGCAGACCGACUUACACCCAGGCGGAUAUUGUCAACAUCAUGAAGGACAGUGGCCCGGCCAGCACGGGUCUUACUUUCAUAUGGAUGCCGGUUUUGUUCGAAACUGUUGGGGAUUUCGGUCGGGUUUUAGCCAUCAUGUUUUUCCUCUCACUUUCAUUCGCCGGAGUUACCUCCCUUAUGUCUAAUUUUGAACUCGCAACAAAAACGCUGGAGGAUUUUGGACUUCCGAGACGUUUUGGAAUGCCCUUGACAAUCCUCAUAACUUUUCUCGUGGGUUUACCUUCCGCUCUCGACAUCGAUAUUCUAACCAAUCAGGAUUUUGUCUGGGGCUUUGCGCUUGUGAUCAACGGCGGUAUGCUUUGGUACAUGGUGCUGAGAUUUGGGGUGCGGAAAUUCAGACAAAAAGUUGUGAACGAGUACAGCGACAACGAUUGGAAUUUGACCAUACUUUGGCAAAUAACUUUACUAGUUAUUGUGCCAAUAGAAGCCAUUGCAAUUGUUGCUUGGUGGGCGAUCGACCUUAUAACAAAUGACUCAGGGGACGGAGAAAAUUGGUACGCGUUUGGUCGAGAAACACUCGUCAUGACGUUGACACAGUGGUUCGGACUGUUGCUACUAGUCAUUCUUGUCAACGUUAUCUACAUCAUAAUACGGGAUCGAAAACAGGAAAAAGUGAGUUAUUACGGAAAAGAAACCGACCCAUUGAUCCUACCAUCGAGCGGAAAUGCCUCGUCACGUGAUCUGGACCAUUCGUUGACUGUAUCACGUGAUUUGACUGGGUCAUUGAAAGAAUUAAAACUAUGAGACGUUUAGUGUUAUCACUUGCUUGAUUUGAACAGGCCCCACUUUCUCGAUGAUUUACCAUACUAGAACACGAACUCGACUCAAUUUACCAUAUUUUAACAGUUCAAAUUAGUAAGUUUUACUGUAAGUAUCAUAUUUUCUCUUAGAUUAUAUUGUUGAACACUCAAACCUUAUAAAGGGAUUUAACACACACGAUUUGAUCAAAUUAUUUCAAAAUAUGACAGAACUACAAUGUACAUGUAUAUAGUUUCUUUUUAAAUGACACAGUCGAGUAAGAACUUUCGUGAAACUUGGGCCUCAUCUCUUGAAGUUUUUUUUCAUCGGUCAUUUUGAUCUUAACACAUACAAACAUUCUCACUUUCAUGUGAGUACAAUUCAUUCACCUAAUUCAAUUCAUAGCUAUUUUUUUAAAUCGUGUGGCGAUUCAUUUCGUUAUCUUGUCGUUUCGUUUCAAUUUUAUGCUAAACAUGUAUUUUGGGGUCGUGUGAUGCUUUAAGAUGCAAUCUACAUGUGGUACCAAUAAGCAUGAAAUUUUAACAAGCUGUUGAUAACAAUGUUAAAACUGGACCCAAUUUACGUUUGGUACUCCUCAAGAAGUACGCGGGCGGGCCCUCUGGAUCCGUUAGUGAUCUUUACAUAUUAUUUAUCUACUCAAAACACCCCUUUAAAUCUGACCGAAGUAAUAUGGGGUCAUCUGGCAUCCAAACAUCACAUCACUCCACAUAGGAUAUCUUAAAACGUUCAAGUUUGAAGCAAUGCUCUUACAUUACGAAGUUCUUUAUUUGUUUAUAUGUAUUUCUAUUAUUACAUAAACUAUAUAAAAAUAAAUCUUGUAUCUUGGCA